GCCUCUGCAGGGAAAGGCCCUGGGAGCUGCGGCGAGAGGCGGGGGGUGGUGUCCUGGACGGCCUGGCCCUGCCGGUAGGAGGCGCCAUUCUCACUUACUGGUGCCCGUGUGGAGUCGGCAGUUAAACCUCAUUCUAGAGGAGGAGGAAAAAGGGGAGGAGAAGGAAGGGGCCGGGUUAGGUCCCCGCCCCUCGCUCCCCGUAUGGAUGUGACGGGCCCGGUGUCCCGGCGGGCGGCGGCGGCGGCGGCCACCAUGCUUCUGCGCACGGCUCGGGUCCCUCGGGAGUGCUGGUUCUUGCCCACCGCGCUCCUCUGCGCCUACGGCUUCUUCGCCAGCCUCAGGCCGUCCGAGCCCUUCCUGACCCCCUACCUGCUAGGGCCGGACAAGAACCUCACCAAGAGGGAGGUCUUCAAUGGAAUUUAUCCAGUAUGGACUUACUCUUAUCUGGUGCUACUGUUUCCUGUGUUCCUUGCCACCGACUACCUCCGUUACAAGCCUGUUGUUCUGCUGCAGGGACUUAGCCUUAUUGUUACAUGGUUCAUGCUGCUCUAUGCCCAAGGACUGCUUGCCAUUCAAUUCUUAGAAUUCUUCUAUGGCAUUGCCACCGCUACAGAAAUUGCCUAUUACUCUUACAUCUACAGUGUGGUAGACCUGGGCAUGUACCAGAAAGUCACAAGUUACUGCCGAAGUGCCACGUUGGUGGGCUUCACAGUGGGCUCCAUCCUGGGGCAAAUCCUUUUCUCAGUGGCAGGCUGGUCCCUGUUUAGCCUGAACGUCAUCUCACUUACCUGUGUUUCUGUGGCUUUUGCUGUGGCCUGGUUUCUGCCCAUGCCACAGAAGAGUCUUUUCUUUCACCACGUUGCAGCCACCUGCCACGCAGUGAAUGGCAUCAAGGUACAAAGUGGUAGCAUUGUUACUGACACCCCAGCUGCUAACCACCUUCCCGGGUGGGAAGACAUUGAGUCAAAAAUGCCUCUAAAUAUGGAGGAGCCUCCCACAGAGGAACCGGAAGCCAAACCAGACCGUCUCCUAGUACUGAAGGUCCUAUGGAAUGAUUUCUUGAUAUGCUACUCCUCUCGCCCUCUGCUUUGCUGGUCUGUGUGGUGGGCCCUCUCUACCUGUGGCUACUUUCAAGUCAUGAACUACACACAGGGCCUGUGGGAGCAGGUGAUGCCUUCUCGCCAUGCUGCUAUUUAUAAUGGUGGUGUGGAGGCCGUUUCAACCUUACUGGGUGCUGUUGCAGUGUUUGCAGUUGGCUAUAUAAAAAUAUCCUGGUCAACUUGGGGAGAAAUGACACUGUCUCUGUUCUCGCUCCUGAUUGCUGCCGCAGUGUAUAUCAUGGACACUGUGGGUAACAUUUGGGUCUGCUACGCAUCCUAUGUUGUCUUCAGAAUCAUCUACAUGUUACUCAUCACUAUAGCAACUUUCCAGAUUGCUGCAAACCUCAGCAUGGAGCGCUAUGCCCUAGUGUUUGGUGUGAAUACCUUCAUUGCCCUGGCUCUGCAGACCCUGCUAACUCUCAUUGUGGUAGAUGGCAGUGGUCUUGGCUUAGAAAUUUCCACUCAGUUCCUGAUCUACGCCGGCUAUUUUGCACUCAUUGCUGUGGUUUUCCUGGUUAAUGGUACAGUCAGUAUUAUGAAGAAAUACAGAAAGCAGGAAGAUCCAGAAUCAAGUUCUCAAAUAACCACUUCAUAAGAUACUGCGGAGAGCCGCCUUCUUACAGCAAGAACUCUGCACAGCAACUGUGCCUGGAUGUAUUUAAUUUUAAGGUGUACACAUAUAUUUAUGAAUGUGCAUUUCAUGGCUUCAAAGCAGCCACUUGACUAAUAAUACUUUGUGUUCUUGGACUAAUCUAAAACUGUUCACAUGAGCCAAAAGUGAAGUUUAUUUAAUGGGCUAUUUAUGAGAGCUAAUUAAAGGAUGACUUUUUCCUGAUUUCAGAAGUUAACUUGAUUUUGAAAUGAAUUGAUCAAGAAGAAUCAAGCAGCACAUGGCUUGUAUACUUGAUUAGCAAGUAGGUUUGAUGUUCUAUAGGUCAAGUACUUCUGUAUCCCCUUGGCCAGAGGCUUGGCCUGGUGGGACCAAGGCUUCACAGGACCCACAGGAUGUUACAGGUCCAGAUUAACUGUACGUGCCUCCACUCAACUUCAUUUUUAUUUGUGUUUACCCACGUGCAUUUGUGUUUCUACAGAUGAAAAUUAUUCCUAUUCACUGGCAAUAUUUGCUCUGGUAUAGUGUUCAAUAAGGAGUAUGUGUCAUUUCUAAUUUUAAGUUAUUUUCUAAAAUUCAUUGUAUGAAUAUUUCGGUUACUAUUUUGACAAUUACGUGCUUAUGUAGAUUUUCUUUAGAAGUACGUUUUUUGCAUUGUUCAUAUGCUUCCUAGAGAAGCUCAUGUAGUUAGAAAAGAAGGCAAGUUUUGAAGCCUGCAAGCAAUCUAAAUCAAUAGACCCAAUCCGAAUAUUUAAG